AAAGGUUUCGGAUUUGUUGCGCGAAUUGAUGAGCAGGCUCCCUCCUUCGCCAAAGGUAUCCACCAAGAUUGCUUGGGUGGGCUGGGGCAAGCGACGUGUUGAGGGCCUAUUGGGGAACUAAAGAUGUGGGAUGAGGAGGUGCAGGGCAUCGUCUUCGCACUGGAUAUCGUGUCCAAACUCAGAGACGACGAUAAACUCUACAAACGGCUCUUCGACACAGGUGAACGAACCCUAACAACAGCAUGGGCCCUUAGCAAGCGAAUAUUCUCAUCAGACAAAGAGAUACCCUCCCUUGCCCAUCCACUAUCAUCGAUCUCCAUCCAAGGAACGUUCUCCUCUCUGACCCCCGCUUCAUCGCUGCAUUCAACACCCGCCCAGCCUAUGUCGAAUCCCACUACAUCGAACACGACGGCAAGGAGAACUCCCAGAAAGACUCUCUCGCACGAAUGGCCGCCGUGUUUCACUCCCCCGAAAUCACCUCUAUGCACCUCCUUUCAUGCGUGGGUCUCGCAGAGGACUACGACUUUGAUCGAUGUUUCCUUGUCUACGAACUCCCACCCACGUUCACCUGUGCACUCCCACAUCCCCACCCUCGCUUACGUCCUUGACAAACAAAUACGCAUAUCCCUCGACGACCGAUUCCGCAUCGCCGUCGAGCUCGCCACCGCCGUAUUCGAAAUCCAUGCCGCAGGGUGGGUGCACAAGUGCAUACGGAGCGACAACAUCCUCGUCGACGUCGACGAGCGGCGAGGACCCAAGGUGGAUGCCAAAGUCGGCUCUACGUACCUCGUCGGGUUCGAAGCCGCUCGACCCCAGAUUGCUGGAUCUGAUCGUCAUCCGGAGAUGGAUCCGAUCAAGAGGAAGUACCAUCAUCCUGAGAGACAGGGCGGGAGAGAUACGCUAGUGGAGAAGUUUGACAUACGGCAUGAUAUGUACAGUCUUGGGGCUGUACUCAUUGAAUUGGGGUAUCGUAAGACGCUCCAGAGUAUCUUUGGGCCAUCUUCGUCUGUGGGGGAAGAGAACAUCCAGAAGGAUCAUGAACGGUUGGUGGGGUAUGCGAAGCGGUUGGGAGAUAAGAUGAGCGUCAAGUAUGUGAAUGCUGUCUUGACGUGUUUGGUAAACGGUACCAAGCCUGGUAAGACGACGGAUAGUCUACGUGAAGAGUUUUAUGAUGGAGUGUUGAGGCCAUUGAAGGAGAUACAAGACGGGUUCAGGGGUCGACCAGAUGUAAUUGUCUGAUGCUGAUGCAGACUCUGUUAAAAAUAGAUGAUCUUGCAAUAUAUUCCUUACGUGGGGAAGAUAAGCGCCCGGGCCUAUACCUACUGACUGAAGUGUCCGUGUCCUCGCUCGUGCUUCGAUGUUCUCAGGUCACCGGCAAUUGGAAGACGGCCGCGGCCUAUGCUUACAUUUGC